AUGGCGGGCGAGAGAGAUCGGUUGCUUCAGAAGCAAAAUCAGAGGAGGAAAGUCGCUGGUGUAGAGUGGAACGAUGGUGGCAGGUUGGAGAAAAGAGGCGGCGAAGACACCGACAGAGGAAGAAUGGAAGUUUGGAAGUACGCUAGCGACGGCAGUCGGGUGUACUACUACGUGGUGGAAUCGCCCCGCAACGAAGGGAAGGACUUCUUCGAGAUCAACCUGCAGACGGGCGAGAUCUUCACCAAGGUGGUGUUCGACAGGGAGAAGCAAGGCGCGUACGCGCUGGAGGUGGAGGCGCGGGACGGAGCCCCGUCGGCGCGGCCCAACGGCAACGGACAGCCCAACUCCGUAUAUGAGUAUAAACAAUGCCUCGGUCCGAGUGUCUCUCCAUUUUUGCCGCCCGCCCAGCCGCCCGCUGCUGUUGGUGCCGUUGGUGGGGAUGGGGCAGGAGGAUCAGCCCAGCGGGAAAGGGCAGGGGAGGGUCUAGGGCAGCGGUUGGCAAGGGUUGAGCCGCGCCGCGCCGCGCCGCGGCUCGUGGCUGCCGGGGUAACCGAUCUCAAUUAG